AUGGAGCACCAUGGCGUCAACAAGGAGCAGUAUCUGGCCUGGAAAAAGCUCAUUCCCUACCUCUAUGAUUGGUUCGCCAACCACAACCUGACAUGGCCAUCCCUGUCGUGCCGGUGGGGCCCUGUUCUGGACGAGAGCCCCCUGUCCCGCCGCCAGCAGCUGUACCUGUCCGAGCAGACGGACGGCUCCGUGCCCAACAAGCUGCUGGUCGUGACGGCGGAGGUGGCGCGCCCCCGUGUGGCCGCUGCCGAGCACAUCACCGGCUGGACCGAGCACGCCAAGAGCCCUCACAUCUCCCACCCCUCGGCCGUGAUCUACCACCCCGGGGAGGUGAACAGGCUGCGUGAGCUGCCGUCCCACCCCCACCUGGUGGCCACCCACACCGACUCCCCCCUCGUGUUCCUGUGGGACGUGGCCUCCCAGCCCCGGCGCAGCAGCGCGGAGCCGGCGGGAGCCGGCCCCCCCCCGCCCUCCCUCCCCGACCUCACGCUGUCAGGCCACGCGGCGGACGCGCCCUUUGCGUUGGCCGCCAGCUCCGCCGCGCCUCGCCUGGCGUCGGGAGGAAAGGACGCCCAGGUGCUGGUCUGGGACCUGGGCGGCGCGGCCUGCCUGCGCGGCGCGGGGGGCCCCGGCGCGGACCCCGGCGCAGCCUCAAGUGCCCCGCCCGCGCUGGCCCCGACGCUCCGCCUGCUGGGCUCCACCGACACCGUGGAGGACGUGGCCUGGCUCCCCGGCUCCGACGCGCUGCUGGCCUCCGUGGGCGACGACCGCAGCCUGCGCGGCUGGGACUGCCGCGCCGGCGGCGCCGCGUACGUGGUCGCCGCCGCGCACAGCGCGCACGACAUCCACGCCCUGGACUGGAGCGGCGGCCGCCCCGAGCUGGUGGCCACGGGCGCCGCCGACGGCAGCGUGCGCGUGUGGGACGUGCGGCGGCUGAGCGCGGGCGCGCCGCUGCUGCACCUGGCGCACCACGCCGCCGCGGCGGCCUGCCUGGAGUGGAGCCCCGCCGCGGCGGGGGCUCUGGCCUCGGGCGGCGAGGACGGCCUGCUGUGCCUGUGGGACGUGGAGGCCAGCGGGCAGGCGGGGGCGGGGGAGCACCAGGACGCCAAGCGGCCGCGCUCCGCCGUGCCCCCCCAGCUCGUGUUCCAGCAUGCGGGGCAUCGCUCCCCGGUGGUGGACUUCCAAUGGAACCCGGCAGAUCCGUGGACCCUGCUGUCUGUCAGCGACGAUGUGGGCGAGCAGUCUGGGGGGGGGACCCUGCAGCUGUGGAGGGUGUCCGACCUCAUCACGCGCCCGGAGGAGGAGGUGCUCGCCGAGCUGGAGUACCACAGGUCAGCGGUGCUGGGAGUGGAUGGAGGGAAGGCGGUGGCUCGCACCCUGGGCCUACUCCCCGAUGCCAGCCCCGUGUAUGAUGCCGUGUGGGGCCUGGCGAUGCCCAUGGCAACAGCCCUGGUGCUGAUGGAGGCCGACAUGACCAGGCUGUUCCGAGCCGCGCGCGACACGCUGCUGGCCUUCCUGGUGGCCUCUGCCGCCACCAUGCUUGCCACGCUGCUCGCCUUUGCCCUCUGGCAACGGUGCAUGGGUCCCCACGGCGCCAGCCUGGCCUCUGCCCUCUGCGCCUCGUACAUCGGGGGCUCCAUCAACUUUGCCGCCACCGCGGCCGCGCUGCAGAUCCCGACCGGGCCCGCCCUGGGCGCAGCCAUGGCGGCAGACAACGUCGCCAUGGCCGGCUACAUUGCGGCGCUCAUGGCCGUCCCCGUGCCGCGCCGUGGCAGGAGUCUGGAAGUUGGCGCUGCGGGCGGGCCUGGCUUGCAUGGUAGCUCGGUCCUCGGCGAUGGGACAGGACCUGCCGACGUGGAUGUCCGUCAUCCUGGCCCGGCCUCCACCCCGCUGUCCGCCGCCAGCUCCCUGGCCCUGGCCGCCACGGCCCAGCUGGGCCUGCAGCUGGGCAUCACCCUGCUCGCGGCGACUGCCCUGCGCCUGCCGCGGCGCGAGACGCUGGUCGCCGCCAACGCGGCGGUUGGGGGCCCGGGAACCGCCGCGGCUAUGGCCGCGGCGCGGGGCUGGCACGAUCUGGUGGAGCCGGGCGUGCUGGCGGGCACGCUGGGCUACGCUGUGGGCACGGCCGCGGGCAUCGCCGUGAGCGGCGUGCUCCGCCGCGGCGCGGCGCUGCUGGCCUGA